GUCAGUCUAUUUUACACUACGGUCAAUUAGUAUUUCAUGCUUCUCCAUAUAGUCUUCAGGAUGUAUUUAGCUGUAUGGUAACAGCUAAAUUUAUACAUGUACUUCAAAAAGAUGUAUUUCGAGCUCUUUGUAAAUUAUCUAUGAAACCUCUACCAGAUGGAACAUCUGAUCCCAAAUCACAUGAAUUAAGAUCUAAAAUAUUAUCGUUACAAUUACUAUUAGGCAUUUUACAAAAUGCUGGACCAAUCUUACGAUCAAUUAAAAUGUUUGUUAUUACAAUUAAACAAUACUUGUGUGUUGCAUUAUCUAAAAAUGGUGUAUCAUCUCUGAGAAUGAUCAGAGAUUCAACUGGACAAUAAUACGAACAGUCGUAGCAGAAGAACUACUUUAGUAGAAAUCUUUAUAGU